CACCACCACAUUUCCUUAUAUUCAUCAUCCAAAAGUACAAUGGCUGAUGCAAAUCCUCUUUCGCAGUUUUUUCUGUUUUUGUUUCUUGUUUGCCUCGCUACUUGCAGAAAUGGGGUUCAGGGUUUUAGAGAGAAGAACAAGGUGCUUGACCUGCAAGAGUUUCGUUCGAAGCAGCAUAGUGGAACUGGAACCAGGACUAGUGCCUGCCUCUCCCAGAAAUCAAGAAAGGAAAAAGGUGCAACUAUAUUGGAAAUAAAACACAGAGAUUAUUGCUCAGCUGGGAAGAUUGUUAACUGGAACAAAAAGCAACAGAAACGUUUAAUGUUGGAUGAUCUUCAUGUUCGGUUUCUACAAUCCCAAUUUCGAAACAGGAUUUCUGGCAUUGCUACAAAAGAUGUAUCAGAAGCUCAAAUUCCAUUAACUUCUGGCGUAAGGCUAGAAACACUAAACUACAUUGUAACUGUGGAAUUGGGUGGUAGAAAUAUGACAGUGAUAGUGGACACAGGCAGUGACUUGACUUGGGUUCAAUGCCGACCUUGUAAAUUGUGUUACAAUCAACAAGAACCUCUCUUCAACCCUUCUGAAUCUAAAUCAUACCAAUCAGUUUUAUGCAACUCAACAAAUUGUCAGGCUCUCCAGUUUGCUACUGGGAACUCAGGAGUGUGUGGGAGCAAUCCUCAGACUUGCAACUAUGUUGUGAACUAUGGUGAUGGCUCCUAUACUCGGGGUGAGCUUGCUAGAGACCAUAUCAUUCUUGGAACUACACUAGUGGACAAUUUUGUGUUUGGUUGUGGCAGAAACAACAAGGGUCUGUUUGGGGGAGCUUCUGGUUUAAUGGGUUUGGGAAGGAGUGAUGGUCUCUCGGUGGUUUCUCAAACAUCUGGCUUAUUUGGUGGAGUUUUCUCUUACUGUUUACCUUCAACAGAAGCUGCAGAAUCUGGUUCAUUAGUUAUGGGUGGAGAUUCUUCAAUCUACAAGAAUUCAACUCCCAUCUCUUACACUAGAAUGGUUGCAAAUCCACAGCUAUCCACCUUCUAUUUUCUAAAUCUAACCGGUAUAAGUAUUGGGGGAGUGGCUUUACAAGUUCCUAGCUUUGCAAGUGGUGGGAUUCUGAUUGAUUCUGGGACAGUUAUUUCAAGGCUGCCUCCUUCAGUUUACAAGGCAAUCAAGGCAGAGUUCCUGAAGCAGUUUUCCGGGUACCCUCCAGCACCGGGUUUUUCAAUUUUGGACACUUGUUUCAACCUUAGUUCGUAUCAAGAAGUUAACAUUCCUACAAUGAAGAUGCACUUUGAGGGAGAUGCAGAGCUGACUGUGGAUGUAACCGGAAUUUUUUAUAUGGUGAAGACCGAUGCAUCACAGAUCUGUUUGGCUCUUGCAAGUCUUUCAUACGAAGAUGAGGUGGCAAUAAUUGGGAAUUAUCAGCAGAGAAACCAAAGGGUUGUAUACAAUACUAAAGAAUCUAAGCUAGGAUUUGCAGAAGAAUCAUGCAGCUUCAUAUAGAGCUGGAAGUUUACAAUGAUACAGCUCAUAUAGGUAUGUUUAUGCAGAUAUAUUCUUCAGAAGUAAAGCCAAGCAACCUGUUGGCAACAACACUUCAGGCUAUAGUUCUUAGUUCAUAUAAUGUGAAAAUAGUUAUUGUUUACAAUGGGGAUAUGGUAUAGAAUAUAUGAAUGCUAUUUGUGAUGUAUGAGUGCCCUAGUGUGUAAUAAAGAUACUACCUGGAGCUG